UGUUGUUUAAUUGAACAGUUCCUCAUUAUGGUUAACAAUGACCAAUAUUUCUUGUAUAAAUUGAUCCAAACCAAAGAGGAAAAUAAAAUUAGAGAAAGAGGGAGAGGCUAAAAUGGAUUUGACAGCAUCUUUCCUUCUACUAUUGUUAUGCCUCAUUUGGGCGUGUUUCCAUCUCCUGAACUCCAACUCCAGGCGCAGGAGAUCAGCCAAGCUUCCUCCGGGCCCUUACCCCUUUCCCGUCAUCGGAAACAUUCUCCAAUUUGGCCAAAACCCCCACCAAUCACUCACCAAACUCUCCAAAACUUACGGCCCUUUAAUGCAUCUCAGGCUCGGCAGCAUAGACACAAUCGUUGUGUCAUCCCCAGAAAUGGCCAAGGAAAUACUACAAACGCAUGAUCAAGCUUUUCCCCUCAGGUUGACAACGGCCGCAACCCGAGCACUCGACCACCACGUGACAUCCGUUGCCUUCCUACCCAUCGGCAACCAAUGGCGAAAUCUGCGUAAAAUAUGCAAAGAACACAUGUUCUCGAUCCAACGACUACACGCCAAUGAGGGACUACGCCAAGAGAAGCUGCAGAAACUGCUCCAAUACGUCCAAGAAUGCUGUGUUAAUGGCCGAGCUGUGGAUAUUGGACAAGCUGCUGUUGUUACAUCCCUUAACAUGACGUCAAAUACUGUUUUCUCAGUUGAUUUUGCUGAUUAUAAUACGUGUCAAGAACUCGAGGACAUUAUCCGCCGGUGUAUGAGAGUUUGGGGCAGUCCUAAUCUUGGAGAUUAUUUUGGGUUUCUCGGGUUGUUUGAUCCGCAGGGAAUCAAGCGGGAGGCGGAGUUUUGUGUGGGGAAACUGCUUGCAAUAUUUGAUAGUAUCAUUGAUCGAAGAGUGGAAGCUUCACGGAAUUCUCAAGCAAGGAAAACUGAUUUGCUGGAAGUGCUGCUGGAGAUCAGCGGCGGGAAUCAGGCGGAAUUGACCCGCAACGAGAUGAAGCAUCUUUUUGUGGAUUUAUUUGUUGCAGGAGUAGACACAACAUCAGGCACAGUGGAGUGGGUAAUAACAGAACUUUUGAGAAAUCCCCAUGUAAUGUCAAAACUCAAAAUGGAGGUCCGAACUGUUCUUGAAGCAAACAAACAGGUUGAAGAAUCCGACAUCUCGAAACUCCCAUAUCUACAAGCCGUGAUCAAAGAAGCCUUCAGAUAUCACCCUCCAGGCCCUUUUAUAACACGUUGCAAGGACGGAGAUGAUCUCGAAAUCAAGAACUACAACAUACCCAAAAAUGCCCUAAUACUCAUUAACAUAUGGGCGACUGGUAGAGAUCCAAACAUAUGGCCGAACCCUGAUUCGUUUCAACCUGAAAGAUUUUUGAACACAGAAGUAGAUGUCAAAGGCCACAAUUUAGAACUCAUCCCGUUCGGGAGCGGCAGGAGAAUCUGCCCAGGGAUGCCGCUAGCUUACAGAAUGGUACACUUGAUAGUGGCAUAUUUGAUUCAACACUUUGACUGGAAACUUGAACCAGGAAUCGCGCCUGGAGAUGUGGACUUGAAUGAAACACUUGGCCUUUCACUACAUAAGACCAUACCUCUCAAGGCUGUGCCGAUCAAGCCAUGAUGGUUGGGGUUGAUUAUUGAACGAUCCACAAAUCAUAUAUAUGGACAGUCUAUAAUUACAACUAUUUGUACUACUUCAAUAAAUGCAAUAAUGUAUAAUAUUAUUGGAUAGGGCCCCUACUUCUCAUAACAAAGUUAUAAUUCA